AUGUCUAACCAAAUCAACCGACCUCCACGUCCCCCUCCGCUUCAGACCAAUGUUCGGCACGCGCGGCCAGGAUCCUCGCGCUCGAACAAUAGCAGGUUGUCGAGCAGUUUGUCCCACGCCAGCCCAGCCUCUGCGAGCUCGGCAUCGACCUACCAUCAUGGCGACGAGGCUAAUUUGACGCCCAGAGACGCACUCAGAGAGGCGAUCUUAGAUAUUGAGUGUGCCACGCGUGCUCUGCAAAUUGCGACCUCUGGCGUCAAAUCCGCCAUGAGACUCGUGGCGUUGGCAUGGGAUGAUUCAUCAGCGCCAUGGGAUGAAGCGGCAUCUCUACAGGCCCAUGCGGCGCGUUCACCUUGGCUUGCCAAUACCCCAACACUAUCUUCCAUUUCGUUCCUCGACACACCAAUUUCCUCGAUUUACAGCCCUCCUCCGUACUGGCGAGACGCGUUGCCAAAAGAGCCAAUAUCACUAACCUUCGGUAUAGAGCUGGAACACGUUUUCGCUUUCGACAUAUAUCCGGGGCCCGGCUUCGAAUGGAUGGGGUUCGAGGGCCGCGACUGCGGAGGAGACCAUCAGGAUGGACUUAGCAGUCGUGUACUUGGAGCUGACAUUGAAGGUGUAGUUCUCCCUGCGAAGUCCCGUCUUGGUAUGCCAUGCUGUACGAUGCCUGUGGCACUCUGCGUCCUCAAUCACGCAGGUCUUGAGGGUGUAAUUGAUGGGAGCGGUUAUGCGUCGUGGAGCCUUGACAAAGACUUAUCGAUCCGGUAUUCUGCUGACCUAUGCAAGGAUCUGCCAGGUAAGCUCGACGCAUAUAUGGAGAAGAACUGGAUACAGGGCCGCCACGAAUUGGUCUCCCGAGUACUAACAGCCCCUGACAAGCUAACAUUUGGAACAUUCAAAUGCAGCCGUGCCAUGAAAGAAAUCGAGAGUUAUUUGCAAGCCAUACACGGUACAUCGACCGACCCAUGGGGAGCGUUUGUCAAUAAAUCCUGUGGGUUCCAUGUGCACGUUGGUCGUACAUAUCCGGAUUCGGACGCAAUGCUUCCGUUGCCAGUUCUUCAACAUCUGGCUUACCUGCUCGUCCAGUUUGAGGAGCUGAUUACCGCUCUUCAUGACCAAGAUCGACGAUCCCGCGGCAAUGGAGACUCCCGAUUUGUGGCAUCAAACUUGAUGGGCAUUCGCCGCUCUGAGCAUUGGUGCCGGCGAAUUGAUGAGCUCGACCUUGCGAUGGCCCAGAAGAAGAUCUUCUCCAAGAACAUGACCGCCCAUAUUCUUGCGAAGAUGAUGGACACGGAUAUCACACCGUACGACAGGUUCGGAGGCCGUGUCAGCGGAGGCCGCCUGACACGAUACAAGUUCGUCAACUUCCAAAGACUGACGCAGACUGGUGAUGCUAAGACCAUCGAGUUUCGCCAACAUAAGGGCACCGUGGACUUUGACGAGAUCUCUCACUGGGUCCAUUUCAUUUUGAGCCUGGUGCGAGCCGCAGAACGAAUGGCCAAGGAUCCUACCGGCCUGCACAGCAGCCCUGUGUCUCCAGUGGUGCGCAUGUCGUUCCGCCGUAAGCAAGCGGCCAAGUACACUAUCCGGUGUGCAAAGUUGCGAGACGAAUUUGAGCGUCUGUUUGCAUUGCUCGAGUUUGAUGAGGAGACACGUUGCUAUUGGCACCAGAGGUUCGUUCAACUCAAUCCCGCAGAAGUCCUUCGAGUCGAAGAAGACGAAAACGGGGUCGAGUGGAUUGCCGACGAUGGUAGAUGCCCUGCUUGCAGUCAGGAGGACCAGGACCAGGAACAGGACAACCUAGUGUUUGCUGGCCGAGAGCAACUCUCCCCGAGUCUCCCUCGUCCGGAUCUGCCAUGGGGCUCGGAGGCUAUUGUGACUGACGAAGAGACGUUGGAAAAUCCUGACGCUGCAGUACAGCACGACAUCGAAGUCCUUCCGGCAGCACCUAGGACUGUAACUGGUCAGGACAGAAGAAUCGAUAGUCUCAUCGGUAGUCCUCAGUGGGACGAGCUCGUUCAGGCUACGAACUUGUUGCGGUUACACAGCCCUACAAGUGUGGAAAGGUAG